ACCAAUGAGUGCCAUUAAAUUAUUAUUGGACACUAUGUUAUUAGCGCAGAAUUUUAUUGUAAGAUCACUUGGAGAAAUUUUUGGUCAGCAAAUAUGUUGGAAAACAACUGUGACUUUUCGAAAGUAAAGAUUUUAGCUAACUCUUUUGAAAUUUAAACUCUCAUUUUUUGAAAUAAAGGACGGUAUUCCAUAGUCCGUUCUUAUAUUUAAGACUGUCUUAAGCACAAAGUCUUUUAAGAUGCCUUUCUCUUCUUAAGCAUAUCUACAAAACUAGUCAGAUUCAUAAUCAAAUCUUGAUGGCCUUAUUUGAAUCAAAUAAGAUCGUGUUUAUUAGAAAGUAAGUUUGUUUUCAAGUCAGUCGUACAUGACUUUAAGGUAAGCUUAUGAUUAAGGGUAUGUUCCAAAAUUCAGUGCCGUGAGCGUGACGUCAUAAAAGUAUGCUAUCAACAGCGUUUCAUUUUUGUGAGCGUGCUGUAAAUGCGUAUACGAUGUCUAAAAUGGAACAUUACUUUCAGUGCUGGCAGUGAACACAAAAGUAAACAACAGAUUAACCUAUAAAAUAGAGAGAAAUGAUCAGAAAAUAUUUUUGAUUGCAACAUAUAUAAAUUUAAUAGCUGAAUCUGAUGAAUCAUCAAACGAUGAUUCAGAUUCGGCAAAGUAUUAAAAUUAGUGAAAAAUAAUGUAAAACGUGUACCUAAAGUACGGUGCCAAAAUUAUGUUGAAAAUGUAGUGUGGCAUUAUACUGGCAAUGCUUUUAAAAGCCAUUUUUCGCCUUAGUCGACCAACAUUUAUUUUUUAUUGGAGCUGUUAACUCCGCAAUUAUUGAAACAGUCUGAAGAAUGUGGGAGGCAUACUAUUCCACCAGAGAAGACAUUACUCUUGGCAAUAUGGAUGAUGGCAACUCCCAAUUCGUAUAGAUGUGUUGCUGAUCGAUUCAAUGUCGGAAAAGCAACGGCUUGGAGAUGUGUUUACAAAGUUGUGAAUGCAUUAUAUUCACAUUUUCAUACAUUCAUUACAUGGCCAGACAGAGCAAGAGCAGAAAAUAUUUGGACACAUGUUAAAAACAAAUACAAAUUUCCAAAAGUGAUAGGAGCGAUAGACGGUACUCAUAUAAAAAUUGCAGCACCGAAAUUACAUCCAGAAGCUUACAUAAAUAGAAAAGGCUAUCACUCUAUACAGACACAAAUAAUAUGUGAUAAUGAAUUAAAAAUCACUCAUGUUUAUGCAGGACAAGUAGGGUCAGUGCAUGACAUGAGAGUUUUUAGAUUAUCUGGCUUUGAAGACAUGUGUACCGCAGAAAACUUCCCAGAGAAUAGCCAUUUAUUAGGUGAUGCCGCAUAUGGCAUCCAAAAAUAUAUAAUAGUUCCGUUUAAAGAUAAUGGACAUUUAACAGAUGCACAAGUAAAAUAUAAUACUUGUUUGUCUGAAGCGAGAAUGAUGGUAGAAAGAACAAUAGGCUUGUUAAAAGGAAGAUUUCGAAGUCUUUUGGAUAUAUUACCUAUGAGAAGAACUGAUUUGAUACCUAAAUAUAUUUGUGCUUGUUGUGUUUUACAUAAUAUUUGCUUAAUACGAAAUGAUUACAUUGAUGAUAUUCCAAUUAUUGUACAGCCAAAUGAACCUGUACAAUAUGAAAUCGAAAAUAUACCUCAAAUUAUACGAGAAGAAGGUAUUGAGAAACGUAACGCUAUUGUAUAUCAUUUGCAAAAUGAAAAUUAUUUUGAAUAAAGUUGUAUGAAGUU